GGGGAAUUCUUCAAGUGAUGAUUCAGACUCACAAGCCUCUUCUUGCCCAUCCUGGACAUUGGAAGAUAUGGAAGGGCAGCCUGAUGACGAUGACAUCUUCUCUACAAGGCCACCAGACCAUUCACGAAAAGUGUGGGAAUGUGUGAGAAAAUACGUGAAGGAUAAGAAACAGAAAAGAAAAGAGGUAAGAGAUGCCAAAAAAACAAGAAAAAUAUGUGAAAAGGAAGAGUGGUAUAGUGAUGGUGAAAAGGAAGAAUUUAGGGAGGAUGAGUUUGAAUGGAGUGAAACAGUUGAUAUGCAGUGCUCUUGGGCACAAUAAGAGAAUGUGUCCCCGAAAGCCUACACGCGGAUCAAGAGAACAAGCUGAAAAUGAUCCUAGAGAACAGCCUCAACCUUUCGCUGUAGAUCAUGGCCCGGAGCAACUCGAACAAGACAUGCUUGUUUCAAUGGUGUCACAUUUUGACAUUGCCAAUUUUCAAAAUCCUUCAUAUUGGGAUCUGGACUGACGAAUCCUACUAUAAUAUCGUGUUCAAAAACAGGAGCAACAAAGGAGUCCAAUACAUCUAAGCGCAUCCAUCCAUCCCAUAAAACUAGCCAAAAAGAUUCUAGUACAAACAAAUAGGUUUGCUUUCAGUAUGGUAUUAAUAUGUUUAAGAAUACAAUUAUUCAUUCCGGCAAGGAUGAAGUUUUUCCUUUAUAUUUUGCUAUUCUGAAAUUUGUAAGACUGCAAAAACUACUACGUAGUACUUAUUGUUGUUGUUUUGGUGAAGUGUAAUAUUCCCCCUUACUCUAGUACUCCACACUCUUAAGUUGUGUUUUUUG